AUGUACGAAGCGCUUCCGGCGCUUAGCGAUAGUUGGUAUAAGCUCAACAACGAGCUCCGACAAGCCAUUCGGUUGCAGAUACAAGGAGAAGAAGAGUGUGUGAUGACUGACAACGCCUCGUCGUCGGACACUCACCGUGUCAAAAGAGCUUACCUUACUGCUUCCAACCUGCUGCAAGAUGAUGGGGUGCCGCAAACCAUGCGCUGA